AUUUUACGGAUAGAAGAAUAAAUUAAAGAUUUUUUCUCACAUAUUUUUUCAUUGGCUCCUGAUUUCAUAAAUUUAGGGUUUCCAAGAAUUCUCCAUUUCUCUCUUGCCGACUCUACCUAAAAGACUCUCUCUCUGGCUCACCUUUCUCUUAAUUAGAGACACAAAUCAUUCAAAAAGCAUACACAAAAAGAAAGAAGGGUUACUUAAAUUAGGAGAAUGGUGAGGGGAAAGACAGAGAUGAAGCGGAUAGAGAACGCAACGAGCAGGCAAGUGACUUUCUCCAAGAGAAGAAAUGGACUUUUGAAGAAAGCCUUUGAAUUAUCAGUCCUUUGUGAUGCUGAAGUUGCCCUAAUCAUCUUCUCUCCUAGAGGCAAACUCUAUGAGUUCUCUAGCUCCUCCAGUAUACCAAAAACAGUAGAAAGAUAUCAGAAGCGAAUACAAGAUCUUGGGUCUAACCAUAAGAGAAAUGAUAACUCACAGCAAUCGAAGGAUGAAACCUAUGGCUUGGCGAGAAAGAUCGAACAUUUGGAGAUUUCGACAAGAAAAAUGAUGGGAGAAGGACUUGACGCAUCUUCUAUAGAAGAGUUACAACAAUUGGAGAACCAGUUGGACCGAAGCUUAAUGAAAAUAAGAGCCAAAAAGUAUCAAUUAUUACGCGAAGAAAUUGAGAAGUUAAAAGAAAAGGAGAGGAACCUCGUUGCAGAAAAUAAAAUGCUGAUGGAGAAGUGUGAGAUGGGAGGAAGAGGAAUAGUAGCAAGAACUUCAUCAUCAACAACAACUGAAGAAGUGGACAUAGAUGACAAUGAAAUGGAAGUGGUGACUGAUUUGUUCAUUGGACCUCC